CACCUUGACAACACAGGUGUAAAGCUUCCUGGUAGCCAUUUUGUUGAAGAAAUAUGGCAGCCCAAUAUUGCGAACCCUGCACUGCACGUGGAAAGACUCCAUCAGCCUUUCAAUGGUGUACCGAAUGUGAAGAAGCACUGUGUUCUGAAUGUACAGAAGCUCACAAAGUUCAAAAAAUGUCUCGAAGUCACCAUUUGGUUGAAAUAGGUAAAAUACCAAACAAAAUUGAUCUAUCCUAUAAUUGUUCAAAGCAUCAACAUUUGCUUUUUGAUUAUUUUUGUGUUGAUCAUGAUGUUAUUUGCUGUAAGGAAUGUUUGCCAAAAGAUCAUCGAGCUUGCAAAAACAUAUCAUCAAUCGAUAUUGCAUCAAAACGUUUUAAAAAGUCACAGGCAUUCCUGGAUUUUGAAGAACAAUUGCACUUUAUUUUAGAAACAUUAGAAAAAAUGAAAAAAAAUCGGAAAGAAAAUAGUAGUCGAUUAGAACUAGGAGAAACUAAAAUUCGGAAAGAAAUAGCGAAAGCAAAAGAAAAUUUCAUCAAACACUUGGAAUCUUUAGAAAAGUCGCUUCUGAAACAACUAACCGAAUUGAACAACAAAGAUAUGACUGUUAUUAAACGUCAUGAGAAAGAUAUAGGUGAAUUGGUAAAAUUAACAAAAGCCCAAAAGGAAGCCUUAGAAUUUGUAAGAGAUCAUUGUUCUGAGAAACAAGCAUUUGUUUCAAUUCAUUCGUCUAAACCAAUCUUAGAUGACAUUGAAAACAAAGUGAAACAGCUGACAGAAUCGUUUGUAGACACCAGCCUAAAGUUUAUAGAAAAACAUUCGAAAGAAUAUUUAACGGAUAUCGGUUCAAUAGAAUUGAAGGAAACCCCUAGUUCAGUUUCAACUGUCCCUUACAAGCAGAGGCAGUCACAGGUUCCAGUCGUUCUGAAGCAAAACAUUAAAUCGCUUACCUAUCUCUAUGACAUUGACAUGAAAGGAGAAGAGUUGAAUGGAGUAACUGGCAUCACAAUAUCAGAUGAUGAAAUAUUGAUGUUCUGUGAUGUUAAAACUCACAAGGUUUAUUUUUGUGAUGAAAACGAUACCUACCAAUCAUAUAUCAACUCUAAAUACCAACCGUGGGAUAUAGCAGCAAUACCAGGAAAAACAACUGCUGUUAUGUCUAGUGGAUAUGAUCAGUACAUACAGUUGAUCGAUAUAGAUAGACAUAAAAUAUUAAAGCAGGUUGAAGUGAAACAAGGUGAACGUUAUGGUGUUGCUGCAACAAAAGAGAACAUAUAUAUCGGAUCUGGAGGGAAAAUAAAUGUUCUAGACUUACGUGGAAAUUUUGUUAGAACAAUACAAUUGAAAAACGUAGAUGAUUUCGCUUAUUACAUUUCCGUUUGCUCAAAUGGAAACAUCUGUUAUUCAACCAGCAAUGAAGUCCAAUGCAUUACGUCAGCUGGAGAGCCUGUUUUCUCUUAUACUUCUCCCGAUCUUCGAGAUGCACGAGGUAUUCAAAUUGAUGAUGCUGACAAUUUACUCGUUCUUGGACGGGAUUCACAAAACAUUCAUAUUCUCACAUCUUCUGGAACCUUAGUCGACAUUUUAUCACCAGAUAGUUUGUUCACACCUCUUGCAUUUUUUUACAAUGAGAAACUAUCAAAAGUUUACAUUGCAAAUAUUAACGGUAGAACAAUAUCAGUAUUCAAGACGAAAUAGUAGUGAUGUCAACGGUUAACCAUUGGAAGGACCGAACAUCUAAUUCCAAAAACGGUAACCGGUUAAUCGGACGUUUGUUCAAUUUUAAUAUAUUUGAAAUAAAUGUGUAUUGAAAUCAUUGAAUAAUUUUGUUCUGCUAAAACAUU